UUCUUUGGCUUUCAUUUCCACAUGAAAACCCUAAAAGCACUUCCUUCAAAACCACCCAAAAUAAGACCCCUACAAAACUUCCCUUCACAAAUUGAAGACCUAAUUAAUUCUCCCACCACACCAACAAAUUAACACAACCUCUUAAAGAUGGCAUUGAGCAACAAUGUCAUUGCAGCCAUCAACUUCAUUGCCUUGCUUCUUUCGAUCCCCGUCAUCGGUGCAGGGAUCUGGCUCGCAACCGAACCUGACAAUGCCUGCGUGCAAGUUUUACAAUGGCCAGUCAUUAUUCUUGGCAUCAUCAUCUUUCUUGUGGCUUUGGCAGGUUUCAUUGGAGCGUUCUGGAGAGUCUCGUGGCUUUUAAUGUUCUACCUUGUCGCCAUGCUUGUUCUCAUAAUUCUACUUGGUAGCUUGGUUAUCUUUGUGUUUUCGGUCACGAUGAGAGGAUCGGGACACGCAGAACCGAGUCGAGCUUACUUGGAAUAUCACCUUGAUGAGUUCUCCCUUUGGCUCCAAAGAAGGGUUAGAAGCUCUCAUAAAUGGGAAAGAAUUAGAAAUUGCCUUAGUUCUUCAACUACAUGUGCUGAGUUGAACCAAAACUAUAGAUUUGCUCAAGAUUUCUUCAAUGCCCACAUCACCCCUUUUCAGUCUGGGUGUUGCAAGCCACCAACAGAUUGCGGUUUCACGUUCGUAAACCCGACGUACUGGAUCAGUCCGAUUAGCAAUGGAGCGAGUAUGGACUGCUCGAAAUGGAGCAACGAACAAACGGAGCUAUGUUAUGGAUGUGAUUCAUGUAAAGCAGGGCUCCUAGCAAACCUAAGGGAAGAAUGGAGAAAUGCAGACAUAAUUCUAUUGGUUUCAUUCUUGGGUCUAAUUUUUGUGUAUUUGAUGGCUUUUAUUGCUUUGAAAAAUGCCAAUUCUGAGCAACUUUUCCGAAGGCACAAGCAAGGUUAUGUCUAACACUCACAAAACAUCAACACACACACACACACACAAACCCUUAACCUUUAAUUUAUUUUAUUUACUACCUUUGUUGAUUUUUUUUUUCUUGAGGUUUACAGUAGAAACGUUAAUGCGUUGGAUCCUUUGAUCUUUUAGAAAUGAGGAUGGGUUUUUGUUAAUAUUGACUUCUUGAUAUUGAAUCGUUUGAUUUGUGGAAGUAUCGAUGAAAAUGUGUAUGUAACUGUGGAGAUGUAUUAUUUCUUGAUUACAAAAGAGGUUGUUAAAUUCCAA